GUUCAUACCACAGAGCAUAGUAAUACUUACAAUUCAUACAUGCAUAAUUAUGAGAUUGCUCAGAUCAGACAUACGAUGACGAUUCUUGGUUAACCUUGUCACCUUACGUAAUUUAAUAUAAAUAACAAAAAUGGGGAAUAAAGUAUCUGCGGAAGCAAUUAAUAUUCAUGGAAGUAGUGGAAGUCCACCGCCAGAAUGUCCUAUGCACAAAAAAGAAGCAAAUCCGAAAAACGCAGCUCCAUCGGAAUGCCCCGUUCAGCACGACAAUAAUAUAAAUCCAUAUAACAUGAUGCCACCUGCCAAUCAACAACCUGCUCCUGAUCAACCAUUCUCACUUCCAACAAAUCGUCAAGUGUCUACAAUCCCUCGUGCUAUGCCUGAUGGAUCUACCGAAUUCUGGGUGUAUCCCAGCCAGCAAAUGUUCUGGAAUGCAAUGCUUCGUAAGGGAUGGCGUUGGAAGGAUGAAGAUAUCAAACAAAAAGAUAUGGAGGAUAUCAUAAGAAUACAUAAUGCUAACAAUGAGCAAGCAUGGCAAGAAGUCCUCAAAUGGGAAGCAUUACAUGCUAAGGAAUGUGGACAUCCUAGAUUGAAAAGUUUUGGAGGCAAAGCUACUCAAUAUAGUCCUAGAGCUCAAUUUCGAUCAUUGUUGGGAUAUGAAUUGCCCUUUGAUCGUCACGACUGGAUAGUAGAUCGCUGUGGAAAAGAUGUUCGCUAUGUCAUUGAUUACUAUGACGGAGGUGAAGUUGACAAUAAAUUUCAAUUUGCUCUACUUGAUGUCAGGCCAGCCAUGGAUUCAUUUGAGAACAUCUGGGACAGAAUGAAAGUAUUCUAUAUGAGAUAUCGUUAUGAAUUCAUUGGAGAGAAGAAAGAUAGUAAAUUAACUAAUUAAAAGUUAAUUUUGAGUAGGUGUAGAUAUUUAGCAAUAAAAAUAUAAACAUGUUCAUUUCCUCACACUUGUAAUAUAAGAGUGUACAAAAAUAAUUUAAAAAAAUGUUUUGUGGAGUACUUCUGUCGACAUUAUUUGUCACUGCAGUAACUCUUUGUGAUUUAAUUUAUGUAAUGAAGUUUGCAUUGUAUCAAUAAUUCUCAAUCAACCUAAAUUGAAGCUCUUGCAGUAUCCUGGUAAAUAAUAAAUAUUAUUAAAAUAAACAACAAAGUUUAAACCAAAACAAUGUCCAUUAUUAUGUUAAUUUUAAACUGUACUUAAACAUAUUUAAUGGAAAAAGCAUGAGCUUCUAAGAAAUGCAAGCAUCAUAUAAUUUAUUAGAAGGAUAAUAUUCAAAAAUUUAAACAACUAUUGACUUCAAUUACUGCUGUGUCAUAUUAUUUGAUCAUUUUACUUAUUAAAUGUUAAUGUUUAAUUA